CUUCGCUUCGGAGAAAAAUUACAGAAAUUAGUGAUGUUGUAUAAUUAUUGAACCAACGAUGUGGUUUGUCAUCUUGUGUUUCGUAAUUGUAUUAAUUAAGAUAUUAUUCGAUUAUAGCCGACCUAUAAAUUUUCCUCCGGGUCCACGAGGAUUACCUAUCAUUGGUAAUAUACUUGAUAUCAUAAGAUUAAUAAAGGAAACGAAAUAUUAUUCUGAUACUUGGUGUCGAUUAGCCGAAAAAUAUGGGUCUGUUGUUGGCCUCAGAUUAGGUUUCGACCAACCAUUGAUUAUAGUUUCUGGUAAAUCUGCAGUAACAGAGAUGUUAAAUCGAUCUGAAUUCGAUGGCAGACCAAGUGGAUUUUUAUAUAAAUACAGAUGUGGUGGUAUGCAACAAGGAAUAUUAUUUACAGAUACGGAUAUUUGGCAUAGUCAAAGAAGAUUUACAUUGAAGACUCUGAAACAGUUUGGUUUUGGAAAAAAUUCAAUGGAACAUAUACUCCAGCACGAUGCAAUUGCAUUGACAAAUAUUAUUAUUGAAUUAACAAAAAAUGGAACAGUUAAAAAUAUUCGAUCUAUCAUUUCAGUAGCUGUUUUGAGCAAUUUAUGGCUUCUUCUGGAUGGUACAAAAUUUGACGUAGGAAUGGAAAGUACAAAUCUAAAAGAAGCGAUAAACAUAGUACAAGAUAUUGUUAAAAGUUCGAAUGUAUCUGGUGGAAUUAUAAAUCAAUUUCCUUUUCUCAGAUAUUUGUUUCCAAAUAUGACAGGUUUUUCCGCGUUUGUAAAACGACAAAAACGUAUAAAUGAUUUUUUUAUGGAGGUUAUAGCAAAGCAUAAGUGGAAGAAAACAAAUGAAGAAUGUACAAAUUUCAUAGACGUUUAUUUACAAGAAAUAGAAAAAAAAAAUUCAUCUCAUUCAUGUUUUAAUGAAAAUCAACUACUAUACGUAAUAAAGGAUUUAUUUUCUGCUGGCGUUGAUACCACUGACAGUACCAUUGGUUUUAUAAUAGCAUUUCUCGUAGUUCAUCAAGAUGUACAGUUUAAGGUGUACGAUGAAAUCAGUAGAAUGAUAAACAAAGAUAUUUAUCCUUCUCUUAGCGACAAAGACCGAUUACCAUAUUUAAAAGCAGUUAUAGCAGAAGUAUCAAGAUUAGCCAAUAUUGGACCAACUUCUAUUCCGCAUCGAGCAGUAAAGGAUUCCACUUUACUAGGUUUCGAAAUAAAAAAAAAUUAUACUUUGUUAGCAAAUCUUAAAAGUGUUCACAUGGAUAAAGAACAUUGGGGAGAUCCUGAAGUAUUUCGACCAGAAAGAUUUAUCGAUGAAAAGGGUGAUUUUAUUAACGAUUCUUGGCUUAUGCCAUUUGGAUUAGGUCGCAGAAAAUGUUUGGGUGAAACUUUGGCAAAAAAUACAGUUUUUCUCUUUGUAGCGUGCAUGUUGCAAAGGCUUCAUUUCAUGUUGCCAUCAAAUCAUCCUCCACCUUGCCUUCAAGGUAUUGAUGGAUUUGUGAUUGCUCCACCUAUAAUGGAUAUUAUUGCUGUUCAAAGAUUCUAAUAAAUGAUUAAACAGAUUAUA